CUCAAUUGUGCAUGCUUAAUUUCUUUCAUUCCGGCACACAAGCGGCAUUAUACUGACGAUUCCAAUGAGCGAUACUAUGGUGAAUGGUCUCGCUUUAUAGUGUCAGAAAUGAACUGGGUUAUUUUAGUCUAUGUACAUGGGGCCGGGAUGUUAGAAAUCAUAUAUUCUUAUAUACAUAACUAUUUUUGUAUUGCCAGAACAAUGAUUGUCAAUCAAAAGUGAUCCUAUAUGCAGACAACGUACAAGAUGCUUAGUUAUUAGUCGUUUCUAGUUUUUCAUCAAAAUAGAAUUGAAUAACAAUAAGAGCUGAGUUCGCAUAUUCUAUAGUAAAAUUCUAUACCAGAUUAAAUUAGAGCCAGUGGUAUUAAUUUAUUUGUAAAUAUGGAUAAGCUAAAAAAUAAUUAUAAAGACUGUACCAUUCGUUUUACAAAGCCACCUGAUAAUAAUGGAGCAUCACAAGAAACCUUAUUAUCUCAAUCUCAAUCAGUUUCCAGUGAUCCAAAUAUAAAAAGAUUUGAAGACAGUUAUAUGAGAAAAUAUUUUAAAAAAUAUUUACCUUAUGCUCAACCAACAUACUUAGCUAUCAAAUUCAUUGGUAUGCUUAUUAUGUUUAUUCUUGGAACAUAUGUGCUUUGGCAAUGUACUAUUUACUUUAAAGAAGCUAAAGUACAACAAGAAAAAAUACAUUUUGAGUUGGAUAACUUUCGUAUAGCUGCAGAACAAAAAUUGAAACAAAUGAACAUUUUGCAACACAUAAUUGAGGAUAAAAUUGAAAAUAUAGAUGUAUUAACUGAAGAAAGCUCAAAGCGCAUCAAAGAUUUAUUUACAUUUUCUAAAAGUGAUUUGUUGAAAGAUACAGUAGAAGAAAACAGUGGAGAACAAUGUGAAUUUAUACCACUGAACUUGCGAUUUGACUGUCACCCAGAAGAUGAGCCAUCUCAAUUAUCAUGUACACAAAGAGGAUGUUGUUGGCAUCCUUUGCAUCAAUUAAAUUAUGAAAAACAAGUUCCUUUAGAUGUGCCAUAUUGUUAUUAUCCUAAAAAUUGGAGUUUAUACAAGUAUGAGAAUUUCAGUAAAAAUAGUAAUGAUUUCUCUGGAUUUCUGCGACUGCAAAGAAAUUCAUUUUAUAAAAAAGAUAUAUCACUUGUUAAAAUUGAAGCUAUUGGUAUAGAUGAUAGUACUUUACGUGUUAAGAUAUCUGAUGCUCAAAAGAAACGUUAUGAACCACCAUAUCCAGUAAGAUCAUAUCCUGAACUAUUUUCAAAAGUAUCUGAUAAUGCUCAAUAUGAAUUUAAAAUGGAUGAAAACGUUCCAGGCUUUAAAAUAAUUCGUAUAAAUGAUAAAAGAAACAUAUUUAAUUCAAUAGGAUUUGGUGGUUUCAUUUUUGCUGAUCAAUUUUUACAAAUAAGUUCUAUAUUACCAUCUCAUAAUAUUUAUGGUCUUGGUGAGCACAGGACUAAUCUUAAAUUGAACACUAAUUGGCAAAAACUUACUCUUUUCAAUGCUGACCAACCUCCAACAGAAAAUGCAAAUUUGUAUGGGUCACAUCCAUUUUACAUGGUUGUUGAAAAUACCGGAAAAGCACAUGGAGUUUUAUUUCUAAAUAGCAAUGCAAUGGAUGUAAUUCUGCAACCAACUCCUGCUAUAACUUUUAGAAGUAUUGGUGGAAUUUUUGAUAUCUACUUCUUUAUGGGCCCUACUCCAGCUGACGUUUUAAAACAGUACUCUGAAGUAGUAGGAAAACCUUUCUUACCCCCAUAUUGGUCACUAGGUUUUCAUUUAUGUAGAUUUGGUUAUGGAAGUUUAGACAAUACAAAGGCCGUUUGGCAAAGGACAAGAGAUGCUUUAAUUCCAUUUGAUACUCAGUGGAACGACUUGGAUUACAUGGAUAAGAAUAACGACUUCACAUAUGAUAAAACUAAAUUCAAAGAUCUUCCAAAUUUUAUUAAAGAACUUCAUAAUGCAGGAAUGCAUUACAUACCUCUCAUUGAUGCUGGAAUUUCGGCAUCUGAAAAAAAUGGAACAUACAUUCCAUAUGAUGAAGGUGUACGUCGAGGCGUUUUUGUUUAUGACACUUAUAAUAAUGAACCAUUCAAGGGUAAAGUAUGGAAUUUAGUUUCCACAACGUGGCCAGAUUUUACAAAUCCAGCAACAUUGGAUUAUUAUACGGAAAUGAUGAAUAAUAUGUAUGAAGGCUUCGCAUAUGACGGUGCCUGGAUAGAUAUGAAUGAGCCAUCGAAUUUUUACAAUGGACACAUAAAUGGUUGUGAAAAUACAAAUCUAGAUAACCCGCCGUACAUACCUAAUAUUAAUUCUCACUUGUUAGCGAAGAAAACUAUUUGUAUGAGUGCUAAACAUCAUUUGUCAUAUCAUUAUGAUCUUCAUAAUACAUACGGCACAAGUCAAGCUGUCAUUGUCAAUCACGCAUUGAAGAAAAUAAGAAAUAAACGGCCAUUCAUUAUUUCUCGAUCUACUUGGGAAGGUCAUGGUUUUUACGCUGGACACUGGACGGGUGAUGUAUACUCUUCAUGGCAUGAUAUGAGAAUGAGUAUACCGGAAAUUUUAGCUUACAGCUUAUUCCAAAUCCCAAUGGUCGGAGCUGAUAUCUGUGGAUUUGACGGCAAUACUACAGAAGCAUUAUGUAACAGAUGGAUGCAAUUAGGAGCUUUUUAUCCCUUUUCUCGAAAUCACAAUUCUGAUGAUACUAUCGAACAAGACCCUGUUGCUAUGGGCCAAAUGGUAGUGAUGUCAUCUAAAAAGGCACUGAACACGAGAUAUUAUUUCUUACCAUAUUUAUACACUCUAUUUUACCGUGCCCAUAUAUAUGGAGAGACCGUUGCUAGACCCCUUUUUGUCGAAUUUAACGAAGAUCCUAAAACAUUCAAUAUUGAUACACAAUUUUUAUGGGGUAGCUGUAUCAUGAUCGUACCAGUUCUUUUCGAAGGAAAAACUAACGUGGAAGCUUAUCUUCCAAGAGGAUUGUGGUAUAACUAUUACACGAUGGAAUCUUCUUUUUCGAUCGGUAAAAAUUAUACACUCGAUGCUCCGCUCGAUACGAUCCCAUUAUUAGUUUACGGAGGCUGCAUUUUGCCAGUUCAAGAACCAAGUGUAACAACAACAUUGAGUCGUCAAAAGCCUUUCGGCCUGUUGAUUGCUUUAGAUGAGUUUGAAAAUGCAAAAGGAGAAUUGUAUUGGGACGAUGGCGACAGUUUAGAUUCGAUUGAAAAAAAACAAUACAAAAUCUUUAAGUUCGAAGUAUCAAAUAGCAUGUUAACGAGCAAUGUGAGCAACGGUACCUUCGAUGGUAAUAUGAAACUGAAAAACGUAAUUGUCAUGGGUAUUCCUAAAGUCGUAAAACAGGUGUUCUUAAACGAUAAAGAAGUUGACUUUGAAUACGAUAAAGAAAAAUUGACUUUAAAAGUUGAGAACAUAUCUUUAGAUUUCUCAAUGACGUUCGAUUUGAAAUGGAGCGAUAAACAAACGGAAAGACAUUUAUCAACGACAGCUAUGCCGCAGCACGUUGAACCCACCAGUCAUGCUUAUCCGACGCUCCAAGAAAUGGGUGCUAUGAGUUUUGCUGUAAGUCUUUCUACAACUCCUAUUUUUAUGGGUUUUUCUUUAUUUAUAUUUUUCAACUCUUUGUGAUUAAAUAACGUGUAAUAUAACUAAUGAAAGUUAUAAUAUUAUAACUUAAUAAUGUUAUCAUAUUUUAACAUUAUGCAUGAACAAUUUCAACUUAUCAUAGAAUAAAUGUUUUUUAUUUAUUAUUUGAAUUUGCAUUAUCAUUAUCAUAAGAAACUUGUGAAACUCAUUUUUCGUAAAGUUUUGAAAUCUUUCAUAUCUCUAUUAUAUACACUACAGUGUGUGUGAAUUUCCAAUUCUCACACUGAUUACUGACAAUUAGUUAUAAUUGAAAGUUAUUGCAUGAUAAAUUAAAUUGUAAUAUAUAUCGGUUAUCUUUACAUUAUUAUGAUUUAAUGUUUUAAAGAGAGUUGUGUAAUUUUAUAUGCAAUUUAUUAUAAAUGCAUUAUUUACUAUGCAUGGAAAUAGACAUACUUGAUAAGAUUAACGCUACGCGAAAAAAAAUGUGAAAAAAUAUACUUGAAAAUUUUUAUAUAAAAUUUUUAUAUGAAAUUUUUGAAUUUACAUAUAACAAAAAUGUCCUUUUAUACAUGUACUGAAUUUUGUAACCCAUAAGGUUGACCUCGUGUAUUUUUAUGUGAAUAAAGUUUUAUAAAUUUAAAUUUUUGUAUAAGUAGUAAUUCUGUCCCUUCCUUAAUAAAUCAUCUAUAAUUUUGUUUUAUUUUCUUGUUUGAAAAUCUUUAGAAAUAAACGUGUGCACAAUGAUGUAUUUUAUGAAAUAUUUUAGCUGAGAAAAUAGUCAAGAAUGCCUUAUAACUUAAUGACAUAAAAAA